AAUCUUAGAGACCGUAAAAUAUCAAAUGGGGGAACAUUUGGGGGAUGUGUAAUAAUUAAGCUACAUAUAACAUACUACUCCCCCGACCACUAUAUAAACCUUUCCAACCAUUACACAAACAUUCAUCCAUUGUCACUCUUACUGUUCUAGUCAUUAAUUAGUUCUCUCCCUACCAAGAGCAAAGAUGAACAGGCCAGGAGACUGGAAUUGCCGGUCAUGCCAGCACUUAAACUUUCAAAGGAGAGACAGUUGCCAGAGGUGUGGGGAGAGGAAAAGCGGCGGCGGAGACACCGAUCAGUUCGGGAGCUUCGGCGGCGGAAGAGGCUUCGGCAACGGAGGUUUCGGCGGGUUCACCGGCCCGGAUGUCCGCCCCGGAGAUUGGUACUGCUCCUUCGGCCAUUGCGGCGCGCAUAACUUCGCCAGCCGCUUCAGUUGCUUCAAGUGCGGGGCCUUUAAGGAUGACGCCGCCUCCUCCGAUGCUGCCGACAACAUGUCUCGUUCUCGCGGCGGCAGCGGCGGCGCUGCUAGUGGCAGCAACCGCUCCGCCUGGAAGUCCGGCGACUGGAUCUGUACCAGGUCAGGUUGCAACGAACACAACUUUGCGAGUCGGAUGGAGUGUUUCCGAUGCAACGCCCCACGGGAUGCCGCCGCCGGCGGUGGCAACAAAUUUUCUUACUGAUCCCAUUUUGGGGAUUUGUAUCAUCAAAUUGCAAGAGAGAUCAUCACGAAAAAUGCACCGGAGAGGGACCCAAAUCAAUUCAACAAGGAGAUGAUGAAAUACAAAUAUUGUCUACUAUAUAUAUAUAUAUAUAUAUAUAUAUAUAUAUAUAUAUAUAUAUAUAUAUAUAUAUAUAUCGCCACCAGCCUGCUCAGCUUUCUUUCUUCUUCUAAUUUUUAUCCCCUAAAUUUUUAGUUUUUUUUAUUUUUAUUUUCUAGGCGUUGAAUCGCAUGCAGUUUUAUUAGUAGUUUAGAUGGAAUUAUCGUAAUCUCCAGUUUGUGAGUUUUAAUUAAUUAUAUUAAUCUCGAGCAAUCUUAUUUAAUCAACUACGAAUAGCUAU